UACACCGCUCCCCAUUUCUUAAACCCCCUCUCUCUCUCUCGAAUCGUGUAGGGUUUUUGGGCGAGGCGACGACGAAAGAGGGGAGAGGCUUCGAGAGAGGCUCCGGUCGAGCGAGAUUCUGAACCAUGGCAUUUGCUAGUAAAGUUGGAAACCUUCUUAAGCGAACUGUAACUUCGAAACCGUCAUUGUACCAGGCAAUUCGAUGCAUGUCAUCUUCAAAAUUGUUUGUUGGAGGAAUCUCAUAUGGCACGGAUGAUCAGAGUCUGAGAGAAGCUUUUGCUAACUACGGUGAAGUUGUUGAAUCUAGAGUUAUCAUUGACCGAGAGUCUGGUAGGUCCAGGGGAUUUGGUUUUGUCACUUACACAUCCAGUGAAGAGGCCUCAGCUGCCAUCACUGCCAUGGAUGGAAAGGAUCUUCAUGGCCGGAUAAUAAGGGUUAAUUAUGCUACCGAUCGUACUGGCGGAUCCCGUGGGUACGGAGGCAGUGGGGGCUACGGCACUGGCAGUGGAUAUGGCGGGUCUGGGAGCUACGGUGGCUAUGCUGGUAAUGCUGGCAGUUACGGUGGUAACGGCGACGGCGGUAACUUCGGCGGCGGCUACAAUGCUGGAGAUAAUUACAACAGUGGCGGCAGCAGUGGUGGUAACUAUGGCGGCAGUUACAACGUCGGAGAUAACUACAACAGUGGUGGUGGAAGUGGCGGAAACUACGGCAGCGGAGGCUAUGAUGGUGGAAAUAUCGGUGGGAACUACGGCGGCGGCGGCGGCGGCGGCGGCAACUAUACGAGUGGCGCCUCUACUGGCGAUAACUACGCUGCUAGCGGCCGUGGUGGUGGUGAUUACGGUGCUACGGGAUAUGGCGGCAACAGUGAUCAGUAUGGUAGCAGCAGUGGUGUUGGUGGUCAGCAUAAUAGCCAGGACGACUUGUUGGAGGAUAAGUUCAACGACGAUGAUCUCGAUGACGAGCCCGAGGACUACGCCAAUAAGAGAGGAUAAUACGUACUCCAAACAUCAUCCAGCGACGAGCUGGGAGGAUUCAUAUGGCGACGUACUUGGACAUAUAUCCUUUUCUUUUACUCCUGCAGUUUAAUUGUGAUUCAUGAAAGGCUAAGGCGAAUUUUGUUGAUGAGCACAUGUAAAACCAUGCUAUGCUUAGUGGCUAGCGUAAGACUAUCAUCUUUUAUUUACGCUUUGCAUUCAUUUGUGAUGUGUUGUUGAGGCGCUUCUUAGAAUUCUGAUGAUAUUUAAGUUUCCGGAAGGUGAAGGUGCUAUUUUGGGUUUAAUAUAUGUUGAUAUUUUUGC